AUGGCGGAGAACAACGAUAGGCUGGCACCGCCAGCUGUGUCCAAGUUGCGGGCACAGGCGGGGGGUGUGAUGGAGCGUUCGCUGAGUGCAGAUAUACGUGAGGAGAGGGAGGAUCUACGAGAGGCAGCAGAACAGACAUUGAAUGUGAUUAUGGAUCUCAGCUUGGAUGGAACUAUUCGAUGGGUCAGUCCUUCUUGGACCGAAGUCAUUGGCACCACACUCGAGUCCGUUCAAGGCAAGCCGGUCAAGGACAUUGUUGUCAGCGAGAAUAAGGAGGUCUUCACUGAGGUCGUGGAGUCUAUGAAGAAAGAUGAUUCGCGUUCCCAGAUUAUUAGAUUCGCGGUCCAAUUAGGUCCUGCCUCAAGAUUGGCACCACUGCCGGAGCAGUCGACGUCUGUCGUGGAGAGCGAGGGACCUGAAUCGCAACCUAGUCCUGCUAUAAUCGAACUGGAGGGUCAGGGAAUCAUGGUUUACGACCGAUCUUCUGGAGGAGAGAGCCAUACCAUGUGGAUGAUCCGACCUUGGAUCGCACCACGGGAGAUUCAAAUUGAUCUGCCUUCGGUAAUAGUAGACUCCCUCGGUUCGGGUGCAGAGAUUCUUGCUGGCUACCUUACGAAUUUGGCAGAAGUGGGUUUGCAUGAUCCAGCAAAUCAUGCCCCUCCCCUUCCAGUCCUUUGCCGCAUCUGCGAGCGCCAAAUUCCUCCGUGGUGGUUUGAAAAGCAUACCGAGCUUUGUUUGCAGGAACACAAGGCGGAAAUGGAGGUCCAGAUGUGCCAGGAAAAUCUCACGGAGCAUCGCCAUGCAAUUGUUAAGGUUCUGGAUGCUCUUGAGGCGCGCAAGUCUAGGCCAAGUCCAGGCGAGCAACCCGCUCUAGCACCACCUCAAGCGGAUUAUAAGGGCAUGCCUAUUGGACCAGGAUUGUCUACUUCGUCUUCAUCCGGUACCGCCUCUCCUGGUACGCCGUCUGGAAGAUCUCGAGAUCCAUCAUCGUCUGGCUUCGGACACGCACGAGCGAGGUCUUUUGCCGUUCGACGACCUCAAGCUAGGAUUGUUGAGCUGCUACUCGAUUUGUGCGAUACUUCGCUUGAGAUUAGUACGCCGGCGAUCAAGGAGCCUGCGUCUAAUGCUCCUGGCGAGUUUCGAACCCAAUCACCUCAGUCGGAGUCUCGGAUAUCUCAAGUAAUUCAGUGGCAAUCCCCAAGUACAAACACUCUGGACCAAGAACAAGGCUUGGCUUUGUUGUGUGCUGAUAGCGAGAAACUGGCGAAGGCUAAGGUUGAGGCAGUUCUUCGUCACCGUAGAAUCAUCGAGUAUUCCGAACGCAUUCGAAUCGAGUUUUCUGUUAUUGUUCAAGACUGCAUCGAUGAAGCCAUGCGAAAGGCAGCUCGAAUCGCCUCGGGCAUCCUUAGCGAUUCCGAAUCCGAAGAAGAGACAGUAACACCGGCAAUAGAAGAUGGGUUCUUUACAGGCUCUUUCGAUGGCCCCUCCUCACUUGCCGCUGCUCUACGAGAAGCCGAACGUAAUUCUGAAGGCCGCCGGUCGCCAUCGGUCACCGCUUCAGCCAGAUCGAGCAGUCCUAAAGAAUGCCCAACACCAAGAUCUCAAGGUCCUCUAAGCAUUCUUGGUCAUUCACAGGAGUCGAGGAGACAGUCCCUAUUUUUUGAAAGCGAUGCAGGAGAUAGCGAUGGAAGUGUCAGAUCUUCCUCACUGAUGUCUAGGCCACCCGGUCGGACAGAAUCUCCUGUAUCCGAGUUCGGCGAUUUAAGACGUGCAGCAAGCUCUCGCCAGCGUCAUCGAAGGAGUAUCAUCAUCCCUGGCACCUCAAGUCCUCGUAGACAAGAAUCACCAGUCAGGCUUGCGCAGCCCUCGUCGCCCUUGAGGAUAAUCAAACCACGCGCCCUUCCAAUUGCACACGAAGGAAUUGUAUCGCCCACUUCAUCUCCGAUGCUACCUGGUAGCGAGUUUAGCUCCCCUUCCUUGAUACCACAUCAUCACAGGCGCCAAUCUUCUGCUGCUGGAUCUGACCCUUCCCGGCCACCACCAUCUCCACGCAUGAGUGGGGUAAGCGCUCCUCAAGCCAGAGCCGUACCUCCUUCAAUCAAAGACUUUGAAAUCAUCAAACCCAUCAGUAAAGGUGCCUUUGGAAGUGUUUAUCUUGCGAAGAAAAGAUCCACUGGCGAUUACUAUGCUAUCAAGGUGUUGAAAAAGGCAGAUAUGGUUGCAAAGAAUCAAGUCACCAACGUCAAGGCUGAGCGAGCGAUCAUGAUGUGGCAAGGCGAGAGCGAAUUUGUGGCUAAACUGUACUGGACUUUUUCCAGCAAGGAUUAUCUAUACUUGGUGAUGGAAUAUCUCAAUGGUGGAGAUUGCGCAUCGCUUAUCAAGAUUCUUGGUGGUUUGCCAGAAGACUGGGCAAAAAAGUACCUGGGAGAAGUUAUUCUUGGCGUUGAACAUCUUCACAAUCGUGGCAUUGUUCACCGUGACUUAAAGCCCGAUAAUCUUCUUAUCGAUCAAAAAGGCCAUCUGAAGCUUACCGAUUUUGGUCUUUCCAGAAUGGGAUUGAUUGGUCGACAAAAGCGUGUUUUGAAUGCAACCGUCAACGAGUCCGCCCCCGACUUACUGAAACAAGGUCCCUUUGCACGAGCGACUUCUAUCAGUUCAUCGCGAUCAACUUCGUUUGACUUCCAAGGACAUCACUCGCCCGGCUCCACACCACAAAUGAACGCGGACGUCGGCUUGCAGACUCCAUCAUAUUUUAGUCUUUCUCGUGAAAAUACUCUCAACAAGGAUAAUCGACGUACUUCGGGCCGGAGCGACAGCGGUAACAGCGACUCUCUGAAUCAAAUGUUCAGUAGCUUCUCUCUAAAUGAUGGUCAAGCUCAGCAUCAAAGAAGGACUCCAAUUGAGGAGAUGAGCGAGAACGAGGGUAGUGGAUCUCCCGACAUACUUUCUUUACACCAGACAAACAGCGCAUCCAGUAAUGAACAUAGGAAUACUCCGCCACAAGCUAACUUGAUGCCGCCUCCUCCUAUGGCGCUCUUCGAUCCUGAUGAUAGCAACCGACGAUUCGUAGGAACGCCGGAUUAUCUCGCCCCUGAAACCGUGAAUGGUGUAGGCCAAGAUGAGAUGAGUGAUUGGUGGUCUGUCGGUUGCAUAUUAUUCGAAUUCUUGUACGGAUACCCCCCAUUCCACGCGGGCACACCAGACGAAGUAUUUGAAAAUAUUCUUGCGCGCAGGAUUUCAUGGCCGGAUGAGGGAGAAUUUGAAGUCUCCUCGGACGCAAAGGAUCUAAUGAACAAGCUUCUCUGCUUAGAUCCAAGAGAGCGUCUUGGGGCCAACAACGAUGACAAGUUUGCUUGCGGCGGAGACGAAAUCAGAAACCAUCCAUGGUUCGAAGGGACUAAUUGGGAUAAACUUCUAGAGGAUGAAGCUCAGUUCGUGCCGGCACCAGAAAACCCCGAGGAUACAGAAUAUUUCGACUCUCGUGGUGCGACGCUUCAGUCAUUUGCAGAGGAGUUAGAAGAUCAGGCAUCGCCACCAUCGACCACUCCAAGCACGGAUUACCACGAGCGACCCCAUGAUGCCUUGUCUCGAGUCAGAUCUCAGUUCAAUUCCAUUAAGCGAGGGUUGAUGCCUCUGCAUAUCCCACCCCAUGUUCGGGACUCUAAGAGCAGAAGAUUGAGCGAACCUGUUAUCGCCGACGAUUUUGGUAACUUUGCCUUCAAAAAUCUGCCUGUACUAGAGAAAGCAAACAAAGACGUCAUACAGAAACUUAGGGCAGAGGCAAUGGCGGCGCAAUCCAAAUCUGUGACAAGCCCAGGAGCAAACAUCGCGGCUGCAUCGCCCAGUCCUACACUGGAAGGUAGCCCAAUCUUACCUAUGCCUAUCCAAAGAACACUCUCCAACGCAAAGGCUGUCAAUCGACCUUCGUCGCCUUCUGGGCUCAGCCAGUCGAAUUCAUCCCCUAGCAGAGCCUCGCAGCCUUCAUCUCCUUUACUUGUAUCUUUUGUGGCAGGACAGAAUGGAGAUGGAAGACGGAAGACUUCAAGCAACUCAUCAAGUCUUUCGCACCAAUCCAACAAUUCUCUUGCUCCAGGCAGCUUUUUUGAGGUUCCUCGUAUGCCUCCAGGCCUUCAGAAGUCUGCCAGUGCUGCGGCCGCUUCUCCAAUCAAGACUCGAGGAAAUGGACCUUUGCCUAUGGCAAUAUCGCCUCAGAAGACGACGACGCCUCGCCAAGCCAGUGGCACAUCACGUGCCCGCUCUCAAACCGUUGGUUCCCAAGAAGGAAGCCCUAUUCCUGGAGAUAUUUUCUCGCACAAAAAGCGCCGGAGCCAGGUGUUUGAUAUGUCUCCGUCAUCUUCAGAUAAUGAAGGCGACAAAGCAAACGCACUACUCCGUGUUCAGAGACGCCGACAAAGUUCUCGCCGUAUGUCUGCCAUCAAUCUUCUUGACGGCCCAGUCUUUCGUCCUCUUGAUGUGCUCAUUUGCGAAGAUCACCCCGUCUCAAGAAUGGUAAUGGAGAAACUGCUUGAAAAAUUGAGGUGUCGAACCAUCACUGCUUCAAAUGGUGCGGAAGCAAUGAGAUAUGCUUUGAGCGAAAUAAAAUUCGACAUCAUCAUGAUGGAGUUCAAGCUGCCAAACAUCAAUGGAGCCGACGUCGCAAGAAUGAUUCGCGAUACGAAGAACGCUAAUUCCCAAACACCCAUUGUUGCGGUCACUGGAUAUCUAAAAGAGCUUCAAGCACCUCACCAUUUUGAUGCGCUCAUCGAGAAACCACCAACUACCUCUAAGCUUACGGAAGUCAUGUGCCGUCUUUGUCAAUGGAAGGCACCAGCUCCUGGUCAAACAAUGUCCAUUCCUAUGAACUAUGGGCAACCUUCGGGUCUUCGACAAGAAAGCCAUCGACUAGAGGACAGCCCAACUUCGGGCUCUUCUGGCUACGCUCAAAUGCCUGGCAGUAGCUUCCGGGGCUCAAGCCGUGGAGAUUCAAUCAGCUCUAGCAUGUUCGGAGACUCUGAAUCUUUCAUGAAUGAAGAUGUGCCCGUUGUUAUCAGCCGCAAAGCCACAGGCGAGUGGGAUGAUACAUCGGGUCUUGGGAUCACCAAUGAAGAAAGUUUACAUGAAAUUCCUGACUUGCCAAAGCCGCCGGCACGUCUAUUACACGAGGCAUCUGCCCCAGGCCGUAUGGAGCAUCAUUUACAGCAUAGGCUUCCGCUGAGACAACGAUCGAGUGAUAAGCUACGUGCCAAAAGAGAGACUUUUGAGAAGAACCGCCACGAAUGUGGUGAAUCGGGGGAUGACGAAGAUGAUGAGAUGGGAGGUUGUGCUCGUGAGAAGAGCCCGAAAGUCAAAGCUCACCGUGGAUCAAAGCUGGGCACAGAAAUGAUGCGUACGAACAGUCGAGGCAGUGUCGUAUCGUCAUCUGACCUUACCGGGCCCGAAGCUAUCGAGCUUCCACCAACGAUAUCAGAAGUCGUACCUAGUGCAUCUGAAAUCACAGGGGCCACGCUUACUCCCCCGGAGCGCUUCACCUCUCCAAACAGAAAGGAAGCUGAGAUGGACCUUGACGAGACCCCGAAACCGUCAUCCACUCAAUAUGAUCCCAUGGAUGAGGAGCCAACACCACGAGCGCAGUCUGUCAUAUCCAAAUUCUCGGAUUAUCUCUCACACAAAAAUAGAGAUUCACGAUAG